CGGCCCACACCCGAUUACCGUCUUACGUGUGUCCACAGCACCUAUAACUCUCAAAACACAAACCCUAGUUUCAUCUUACGGCCUCUCUCUCUCUCUCUCUGUUUCUCACAGGAUUAUUCUGAGGAUUUUCCCGGAAAUUCGUCGUCGGAGCUGAUUGGUGAUGGCUCCAAAACAACCUAACACUGGCCUCUUUGUGGGUCUCAACAAAGGACAUGUUGUAACCAAGAAGGAUUUGGCUCCCCGACCUUCUGAUAGAAAGGGGAAAACAAGUAAAAGAGUCCAUUUUGUGAGAACUCUCAUCAGGGAAGUUGCUGGUUUUGCUCCCUACGAGAAGAGGAUCACUGAACUUCUGAAGGUUGGGAAAGACAAGCGUGCCUUGAAAGUGGCGAAGAGAAAGUUGGGCACUCACAAGAGGGCCAAGAAGAAGCGUGAGGAGAUGUCCAAUGUUCUUCGCAAAAUGAGGUCUGCUGGAGGUGGGGAGAAGAAGAAGUGAAUUGUUGGAAGUGAAUCUCUUCUUUUAGAGUUUUAUUAAUUGGCAAAACAGAUUAACAAUUAGUGUUUACUUUGAUUGUGUGUUUGGUAAACUAAGAUUGAAUUUUGAAGCUCUGGAGUUGGAGAAGUGAGUUGCAAGUGAAAUUCCUUUUAGAAUUUUAUUUAUUGGCAAAACAUAUAAGCAAUUAGUGUUUACUUCAUGUGUCCUGUUAUACCAGAGCUUCAAAAUUUGUGAUUUGAGCUGACUGACUGUACGACAAGGGCUCAUUUUUCCCUUUAAUCUCUGAUCUUCAGCAUUUUUAUCUUGGAAUAUUAUUAUUUCACAUA